AAGAUGGCGGCUUCCUAGGGACUCAUCCGCUGAGUUGGAAGGAGGCUCAAGCUUCGCAACACGGGAACUAUGGAAGUUGCUGAGCCCAGCAGUCCCACUGAGGAGGAAGAAGAGGAAGAAGAGGAGGAGGAGCAGUCAGCCGAGCCUCGGCCCCGCACCCGCUCCAACCCAGAGGGGGCUGAGGAUCGGGUACUGGGGGCCCAGACCAGCGUGGGCAGCCGCAGUGAGGGUGAAGGUGAAGCAGCUAGUGCUGACGAUGGAACUCCCAACCCACCAGGUGCUGGACCCAAGCCCUGGCAGGUACCCCCGCCAGCCCCUGAGGUCCAGGUGCGGACACCCAGAGUCAAUUGUCCAGAAAAGGUGAUCAUCUGUCUAGACCUGUCUGAGGAAAUGUCCCUGCCAAAGCUGGAGUCAUUCAAUGGCUCUAAAACCAAUGCCCUCAACGUCUCCCAGAAGAUGAUUGAGAUGUUCGUUCGGACCAAACACAAGAUCUGCAAGAGCCACGAGUUUGCCCUGGUGGUGGUGAAUGAUGACACAGCCUGGCUAUCAGGCCUGACCUCCGACCCUCGGGAACUGUGCAGCUGCCUCUAUGACCUGGAAACCGCCUCCUGCUCCACAUUCAAUCUCGAAGGCCUCUUCAGCCUCAUCCAACAGAAGACGGAACUGCCAGUCACAGAGAAUGUACAGACAAUCCCGCCCCCGUAUGUGGUCCGCACCAUCCUCGUCUACAGCCGUCCACCCUGCAAGCCCCAGUUCUCCCUGACGGAGCCCAUGAAGAAAAUGUUCCAGUGUCCGUAUUUCUUCUUCGACAUUGUUUACAUCCACAACGGUGCCGAUGAGAAGGAGGAGGAAAUGAGUUGGAAGGACAUGUUUGCUUUCAUGGGCAGCUUGGAUACCAAGGGCACAAGUUACAAGUAUGAGGUGGCACUGGCUGGGCCGGCCCUGGAGCUGCACAACUGCAUGGCCAAGCUGUUGGCUCACCCACUGCAACGACCCUGCCAGAGCCACGCUUCCUACAGCCUGCUAGAGGAAGAGGAGGAGGCUGCCGAGGUUGAGGCCACUGUCUGAGGCAGCCCUGAGCA